AUGACAUUCGGACAGCCUGGCCCCGUGUCCGUCAUCACAGUAUUCAGCAACUGGGGUCCCCACCCGGUGUCCCUGUCCUGCCCCUACUGCAAGACCUUUAUCACGACGCAGGUCUGUCCGCAGCCGGGCCUCCUCACCUGGCUCAUGUGCAGUGGCAUGGCCAUGGUGGGGUGUUUCUUGGGCUGUUGCUUUCUUCCGUUCUGCGUGUACGAGUGCCAAGACGUGGAACACUUCUGCCCCAACUGUCGACGUAUACUCGGUGUAUUUCGGCGGGUUUGAAGCCUCCGAACGCCGAACCGGCGCUGUAUAGAAGCCAACG